AUGUCAGAAAUUAAUACGCCUAGCCUGGCAAACCAGCUGCAAGACUUGGAAUUAUUUCUCAAAAGUCAAAAAGGCCAGGAAGUCGGUUAUGGGCGGGCACUGAAAGAAGCUAUUGCCGGCAAGAAUCACAUAGUUGAGGUAGAAAUUCUGAAAAGUCUUGGAGACCUGCAUCUCCAGAAGGGCAAACUCAGUAAAGCUUCGGUAGAGUUUGACAAGGCUGCUGCCCUGUAUGCUGCUGCUCUACAGCGCGACACAGAUCCAGAUAUGGGACAAACGCUUGAACAUCGAAUCGACUACCUAUCAAAACUCUCCACACACCUGCUGCAGGGGUACUCUCCACAGUAUCAUUGGCUGUCACCAGACUACUGGGGAACCGCUGACAGAAAUGUGCUGAGGGUGGCAGAGCUAUUUGACCAGUGGGAGAGAAGUGGCAGAAUGUCACCACGCUCUGCUGAAGACAAACUCACCGAAAUGUUAGUAACAGCAAUUGAGAAAAGCGAUGUGCACUUAGAGCUUGAAGUUCUCAAGUCUCUUGGUGAUAUAUACCUUGAGAAAGGCAAGAACACCUCUGAUGCAUCCCAGUUCUCCAAAGCAACUGCUAUGUUCAACAAAGCCUUCAUAGGAUGUGUAGGGCCUCACGCAGAACAGACAUUGCGUCAUCGCAUCAGCUACACAGAGAAGAUCAGAGGAGAGAGAAUGGUAGGGUUGGAUCGGAAAGGAUUUUACGGUCAAAUCGAUUGUCACCACCUUCAAAACGGCGAAUCGUCGUUUAUUUGCAAUGACCUGGACUCAGCAGAAAAACACUUUGCAGCUGCUCUCAAAGUGGUUCAUGUCAGAGAUCCCACAGCCCAGCAGUACCAGAGAGAGGUGGAGCCCCUGUGCAAGUUAGGGGAAGUCUACAGUAAGCGAGGUCGACAGACAGGGGACGGUGGAGACUUUGUCAAAGCAGCAGCACUCUACAAUGCAGCAAUAGCCAGGUCAAAUGGUGAAGUCCUUAAUCUAAAAGCAGUUAUUAAGAAAGUAGAGACGUCUUUUCUCAGCUGUACAUUAGGUGUACAUUGUAUUGUAAGCCAAGAUGACACAGUAAAACACAGGAGACAACUGAAGGAGAUGCGGGACCAGAUCAAGCUGGAGAUGGAAACCAUUGACCAGCAGCUGGAUCCCUAUGUACAUGAUGAGGACGACCCACGUGUAAAAGAGAUAGAGACAAAACGAGUUCAGGCUGUUAGGCAGCUGUUUGAAGAUAUUGCACAACAGAGGAAGGAGUUCAUCAGUCUGCUUAUAGAGGAGUGUAUUGGUUUAAUGGGUCCUCCUCCCUGUAAGUAUGCCCUGAUAGGUUUGGGUUCACAGGCCACAGGACUGGUAACUCCGUACUCAGAUCUGGAGUUUGCCAUCUUGGUAGAAGACGAAAGUGAGGAAUAUCUCAUGUAUUUCCGUAAUCUUACCCACUAUCUGCACCUGAAGGUAGUCAACCUGGGAGAAACCAUCCUCCCAGCACUGGGGAUAAAAUCUCUCAAUGAUUUCUACUCAGACGACCCACUUGACAGUUGGUACUAUGACUCUGUAACACCACGUGGGUUUGCAUUUGAUGGAGCCAUGCCAAAGGCAAGCAAGACCCCACUUGGUAGGCAGGGAACUAGGGGCCAUCUACCAAGUGAACUCAUCCGCACCCCACAGAACAUGGUUCUGGUACUUCAAAAAGAUGCCCAACUGUACUUGAAAGAAGGGUAUCACCUUGCCACUAUCUUAAGAAACCCAUCUCUGAUAGUGGGAGACAUAGAUUUGAUUGACAUGUACAUGGCCAUCACGUUUGAGAUUUUACUAGCGGAGGGUAAUUAUAGGAAAUCACUCAGCUACAGGGAACAGGCACUGCAAAUGUACAGGGGUAUCUAUGGUCAGAGUGCUGCGCAUCCUGACAUUUCCACUUUACUCAACAACCUUGGAGCAGUCUGGCACUACCUGGGUGAUUACAAAAAGGCAGCUAGCUACCAUGAACAGGCGCUACAAAUGGGCACGAUUAUCUAUGGUGAGAAUGCUGACCAUCUUUGCAUUGCCACCUCGCUCAACGAUCUUGGAAUGGACUGGCACUAUCUGGGCGACAGUAGAAAAGCUAUUACCUAUCACAAACGGGCCCUUCUAAUGCGAAGAAACAUCUAUGGUCAUAAUAAAGAACACUCGGACAUUGCUAUGUCCCUUAACAACUUGGGAAUGGUCUUGCAUGAUUUGGGUGAUUACAGAAAAGCAAUCAGUUACCACGAACAGGCACUUAAAAUGUACAGGAGUAUCUAUGGUACACCGCACCCCAACAUUGCCUCCUCACUCAACAACCUGGGAAGCUCCUGGAACCGUGUAGGUCAUUACAGAAAAUCAAAAAGCUAUCAUAAACAGGCAUUGCAGAUGUACAGGAAUAUCUUCGGACAAAGUACAGUGCACCCUAACAUUGCCAUGAGCCUCAACAACCUAGCUUCGGUUUGUUACUCUCAAGGUGACUGUGGGAGAGCACUACGUAUCUGUCAAGAAGCUUUGGUCAUGGCAAAGCAGAUUGGCGAAAGUCACCCGUUAACCAAAACAAUUCAGAGGAAUCUCACCGUAAUUAAUGCAGCAUUUUGUAUAUAA